CUGGUCUCUGCCGUCACCUGAGCUGAAGGGUCUGGAGAACCUGCAGGAGGUGAACCGGACUCUACACCAGGAGCUGGAAACAACCUUCCUCAAGGCCGCCAUCUUGUCUAAACACCAUGACGGCAGGUAGCAUCGUGGAUAACGUGAUGACGUAUGACGUCUCCUCGCUUGCCAGGAGCGCAGAAGAAGCAGCAGCACAGCGCAUGCGCCUUGUGCUGUAAGCUAACAUGGAGGUGUUCGUGAGCGCCCCCGGGUCCAGCUUCUCUAACUGCGUGUUUCCGGAUGGGUCUCAGGUCCGAGACGUUCUGACCCGGUUCGUGCGGCAGCAGGGAGGCGGAGCUUCUGCAGAUUUCUACGUGGUCCGUAAUGGCCGUGUGUCUCCGCUGGAGGACCCUCUGCACCAUGGAGCCGUCUAUCACCUGGAGCCCCGCCUCCGUGGGGGGAAGGGAGGGUUCGGCUCCAUGCUGCGAGCUCUGGGCGCUCAGAUCGAGAAGACCACGAACCGCGAGGCCUGCAGGGACCUGAGCGGGAGGCGCCUGAGGGACGUGAACCACGAGAAGGAGAUGGCGGAGUGGCUGAAGAACCAGACGGAGCGCGAGGCGGAGAAGGAGCAGCGCCGCCUGGAGCGGCUCCAGAGGAAGCUGGCGGAGCCCAAGCACCAGUUCACCGACCCGGAGUACCAGAGGCAGUGCCACGACCUGUCGGAGCGGCUGGAGGACUCGGUGAUGAAGGGUCUGCAGGCGUCCUCCAGCUCGCAGGUGAAGGUGGACGAUGUUUCUGCAGCAAAGAGACCCAACUGUGAUCAGGACGAGCAGCUGCAGAAGAAGAAGCAGAAGAAGAAGAACACGGCAGCGUGUUUCUGGACGGGGGUCGGCGAGAUGCUGAGCUCGGAGGAUGAAGACGAGGAGGAAGAGCAGAGCGGCAGCUCGGCCUCAGACCACCAGACCAGCAGAACUGCAGGGGAUCAGGGUCUCCCAGAAACCCCUAGAGACCAGACCGUCAGACCCUCAGAGGACAAGGGUCGCCCAGAAACCCCCAGAGACCAGACCAGCAGACCCCCAGAGGACCAGAGUCCCCCAGAAACCCCAAGAGACCAGACCAGCAGACCCUCAGAAACCCCCUCAGACCAGACCAGCAAACCCUCAGAAACCCCCAAAAACCAGACCAGCAGACCCUCAGAGGACCAGAGUUUGUCUCAGCAGCAGGACUGGUCUCUGGUGGACCAGUCCUCUGUGGACCAGCUGGAGUCUCUGGGUCUGGACGUCCUGAAGGAGGAACUGAUGUCUCGGGGGUUGAAGUGUGGGGGGACGCUGAAGGAGCGCGCACAGCGCCUCUUCUCCAUCAGAGGUUUGACCCCGAACCAGAUCGACCCGGCAAUGCUUGCCAAACCGGCCAAGACCAGGAGGAAGUGAGGUCAGAGGUCACGGCUCCACCGGACUGAACACUGUUUGUGGCUUCGUCCAAUCAGAAAGCAGGAUUUCUUUUUUUUAAUAUUGUGAAACCUCUUAGUUUCUUUGCUACUGUCACAUUUAAAUUUGCAUUAAAAUGUUUCUGAAACAAA